AUGGAGGCGAUCGAAUGUGUGCUGAUCCUUCUAGAUGACGUCGAUAUACGCCAUUUGAGCGUCGAAUGGUUGCGUCGCCAGAUCGGGCUGGUAUCACAGGAACCCAAUUUGUUUGCCGGCACCGUCGUGGAGAAUAUUCGGAUCGGGAAGCCUGAGGCAGAGCUGGAAGAGGUCGAACAGUCUGCCAAGCAAGCGGACGCGCAUAACUUCAUCCUGAACCUGCCAGAGGUAAACUCUUGUCUAAACAUUUCACAUUGUCCACAUUCCCAUUCAACAUGA